CUCGGUUAUUUGAUGAUCUUCUUCGCAUCUUUGGCUAGUUUUUCUUUUGUUUUUUUUKKUUUUUUUUUUCUUUCAUUUGGAAGCAGCUGUUCCUUUACUUUUUUUUUCUCAAAUGGAUUUAAUGGGUUUCUUUUCCUAACAAUCUGUUGUUGGGUUUCCUUUGGAUUUGCUGAUGAUUAUGCUUUAGUUAUUUCAGUUUCGUCUUGCAUCUGAAAAAUUCAAAUUUUUUUCCCUUCUUGUAGUUUUAUCUCCGGAAUGGGAUGAAGUUCGGAAAUAGAAACCGUGUUAUUUCAUGCUCUCUUCUCCUCACCUUUUGAGCUUGUGGGUUCUUUUACCUUGUCUCACGGGUUCAUAUUCCAUAUUUUCUGUGAAUUUGCUCGUGGGUUUUGAAAUUUUUGGGUUUGAUGGGUUUUUAGAACCUCCUUUCUUUAUGCUAUUAGUUACUUUCUCUCUCGCUCGCUUGCCCUCUCUCCCUCCCUCUAUGCGAUAAUUUUGGAUUUAGGUUUCUCUUUCCCACGCUUAUUUUCUUUYUUCAUCUCAGAUUUCACAUAUGAUCACUGAUUUUUGUUUUUCUUCCAUCACUCCCUUUAAUGGGGGUUUGAUCUUUCCAGCUAAAUGGACUUGAUUUCGGUAGUAUGUAAGAUUUUACUGGUUUUGGGAUGUCUAUUUCAACUUUUUAUAUCUUUACCUUGUAUUUCUACUGGAUUAGUCACAUAAAAUGACGUUUAAUAGAUACUUCGAUCUUCCAUUCUCGUCUUUGCUGGGUGGGUUUCAUCUUCUCUCCCACCUUCAUGUUCUUCUUUUAGAUUCAUGGUUGCCAAAGAACUACAUCUACCGCUUGUGGAUGAAGAGGCGACUGAAUCUUCUUCUGGGGCUUUGAUCUUCACUGGUGUUGGUGAUGUGAGUUGAAACUCUCAGUUCUUUGUUAUGCUGGAGGCUAAGUACAAGAUAAGUCCAAGUUGUAGCCACAUCUCUUGUGUCUGUUGCAGAAACAGCACAAGAGGAGAGAAGCUUUUCUGCAGAUGUUAUCCAUUGAAACCUCUUCAGAUCCCUCGUGUUCUUGCAAGACUUCUUCUGUACCGAUAAGCGAUGAAAGGGCUUCAGAAAAAUUUGCCUUACAAAAGGCAGAUCUGUUGAAGUCAGGCCUUGCUGAUCCCCAGCUCUCCAACUUCUCAAUAAGAGGUUAUGUUUUUGCAGCCCGCAGCAAGGAUAUUGCAACAAACUGGCCUUUUGCUCAGCAGUAUUUGCAAAUUUGCUUGAGGCAUGGCAUUAAGGAUGUAUUACCACCUUUUGAACCUCCUGAUACAGUGAAAAACCGUUGUUUAAGGAAGUCUGUAGGAAACGAUCAACUCUUUGUCCGAGUAGAUGGCUAUGAAGGAGUAGAUAAAGAUCCAUAUCCAUUACGGGAGAAGGAGAACCUGACAUUAGGUCCUGAAGACGCAAACUUGAGCAGAUCAUCGAUAUUGUCUGGUUGCAAUGAGACAAGAGGAGAAGGAGAUACUCAAUCAACAGUGAAUUGUCCUGCCAAAUCCCAAAGUGAAUCGCUUCCAACCAACAGACUCUCUUGUUCAGCCCAAGGAGCCAGUACGUUGUCAGAAACCUCAGUAGAAGUUAGAGCUCUAGCAACUUCUGGUGCAUCACACAAAGCACAAAAUACAACUGAACAAUCAGGUAAGAAGUGUCGGUUGAUGGUAAAAUUGGGUAUCCACUCCAAUCCUAGCCGCGGUGAAGAUUUUGCUUCCAAUACAACCAGCAUAUCAGAACCCAUGGCUUCGAAAGUUUGCCCUGUUUGCAAGACAUUCUCAUCCACCUCAAACACCACGUUGAAUGCUCACAUUGAUCAAUGCCUGGCCAUGGAGUCAACUGCCAAAUUUUCUGUUAAUUUUAAGCCAACCAGACAUAAAAUAAAGCCAAGGAAAAAGAGGUCAAUGAUAGAUAUUUGUGCAACAGCGCCUCCAUGCACCCUGGAAGAGCUUGAUAAGAGGAAUGGUUCAAACUGGGCUGUUGAAUUGAGCAUGCCUUGUUCACAUGCUGAAGUUUGUGCUGAAGGGAAAAGGCAACGGCUCUCUCCUGAAGUUGAGGAUAGUGGUGAUGAAGGUGCAGUUUAUGUUGAUUCUAAUGGAACAAAGAUUCGGAUUCUGUCAAAAUUUAACAAUGUUUCAGCACCAAGUGUUGGAGGAGAUUCCAGGCCAAGGAAGCAUAUAAAAUAUGGUAAUGAAAGAAAAUUCUUUUAUUCUGGAAAGAAAAGACGCCUUGGACCAAGGAAGUUCAAGUAUCUAAAACUUAAAUCUCAGUCUGCGAGACUAUGCUCUCCAAAGGUUGAUCAAAAUAAGAUGCAUGAAGCCUCCGAAGAAAGAGAUGGGAUGGAGGAAAACCAUGAGAAAGAAGAAAGUCUGUCUCAACUCCUGAAAUCUCAUGAAAGUAUUCAAUCCUGUGAGUUGGGAACAUUAGGACAGUGGCCGUGCUCCAAACGCACUGGUUUGCUAAAGAAGUUUCGCAGCCAUGAUCACCAUCACGGUCCAGAAUAUUCCUCACAUGAGAUAUUGGGCUCAUUGAAUGGGAGGAACCAAUCAAAUUUAGGCAAGUUUUCUGUUGAGAGGAAGUGUAUUCAGAAGCUUUCUAACUCAUCAUUGGAGAAUGCCAUGUCUUUGAAAAGCAAGAGAGUGGCGAGCCCAGGAGUUCAAACCAUUGGCAAUAAGCAGAUGUGUUUUGAAACACCUGAGAAUAGUCAGAAUCAAUUGAACAAAGGCAGCAGUUCUACAUUUGAUGAGUGUAUGGUGAGGCUUCCAAGGUCUUCAGGAAAUCAUGCCUCUUCUUCAAGAGGCAAUAGAAUGGAGGUUUGCUCAAGCCCAGACAAAAACUCUGGUAAUUCACCCAAGGGAAAAGCAAAACAAACCAAAAAUUCUCAUGCUUUCUUAGAAAUGGGAAAGAAACUUCCUACUUUGAGGAAGAGCAUGCUAGUGGUCAGUCCACCAUUCACUAAAGCCAAGUUUAACGACCAUAAAGAGCAUUUGGUCUCUGAGAAGUCUCAAUUGCAUAGAAAUGUGGAGACAGUUAACAAAGUAGGGCAUUCUUUCUCAGAUGUGAGUAAACCAUGUGAUGAGAUGCAAGAUUACAGUGGAAACCAAUCUAGAAGCCUUAACCGGAUAGAAGGGAUUUAUGAUCCAGAUUUUUGGCCUCAAAUAGAAGGGACUAUGGAUGGAUGCUUAGUUGGCAGAAGCAAUGCAUCUGAAUCCAGACAAGGAGCAGUUCCAUGUGCCUCAGAAGAGGGAGAACCAACUCUGAAAGUUUCAGAGUCCAUACCUGGUUGUAGUAGUCAUAAUCCAGAUGCAGUUAUAGAUUCCCAUGCUGGAGUUGAUCAAUGUUGUGGAGAUAAUGUCACAGAUAACUAUGAUGGCCUAGAAUCUACUACAGACAAGAUUCCAAAUGAGGAGGAGGAUUCCAUUACUGAACUUGUAUCCAGGAAAACUGUCAAGGUCACCCUUAUAAGAUCAUACAAAAACCCAGUUUCAGAACCUAAUAAACUGGGUAAUCAUUCCAAGAUCCAAUCCAAAUGCUUGCCCUCUAUUGAAGAGCAUAAACUACCGGCAUAUGGAGCUGAAACACAGAUGGCACCAAGCAUACCAGGUUUUAGAGAUUAUAAAGAGACCGAUUGCUCCAAUGAAAUUGAUUAUGGGAAUGGUACACAGAAUGCUCAUAUGGAAACAGAAGAUUGUAGAGUUGGGGGUGAAACUUCUUUUGCUGAAGUUGAUCCAAUACCUAUCCCAGGACCACCGGGAUCAUUUUUGCCAAGUCCUGGGGAUAUGGGUUCUGAUGCUCUUCAGGAAAACUCAUCUUUAACCUCUAGCAGGGCUGAAUCUUCUCAAGAUCAACAAAUUGUGAUUGAUGGAGAUCCAUCUGGAUCUCCUCUUUCUGUCUCCUCAACCAUCUCCCAUUCCUAUAUGGGAAAAUUUGAUUUAAAAUAUUCAGAGCCAGAAUCAUCCAGUGGACUUUCUGAGGUUCAAGACAAGUUUAUGCCAAUCUUCUCAUGUACUAGCACUGGAUCAGCAAUGGCAGGUCCUGCUAAAUUUCCAUGCACAGGGAGCAUAAGUGGAGAAGACAGCAAUUUCCAUAGGGAAAAUCUACAGGUUUUUAUGAUCUCUCCCACAAAAGAACCUGAAAAUUUUAUGGAUAACCAGAAAUGUUGUUGCUUUAAGAACACAGACAUGUCUCAGGUGGCUGCCCAAAACUAUGAAGAUUCACAACUGAAGCAAUGUAUAGCCUCAGAAAUGCUUCCUUCCAAGGGAAGUCAGAUGAGUAGCAAUGUAAACAUAGGGCUGGGAAAGUCAACCUCAUUUUGCACUUCUCCAAACUCAAGUACUGACAAGAUGGUGUUCCCUGUGCUGGAAUUUUCCAAAGAUCCCUCUUCAAUGAAAGCCUCUUCUGAUGUUGCUACAAGCUCUCAAAGUUGUGUUUCCAAUCCUGCCAGCACAUCCUCUCAGGUUCAUCACCAUGAAGCUGCUACCUCUACUCCUGUUCUGAGGUUAAUGGGAAAGAAUUUAGUGGUAGUGAACAAAGAUGAGGAGACACCUGUGCAACCUAGAUAUUGCACUGUUGGGAAUCAGGGAAACCCUCCUAGCACAAAACAUUUGACACUUCUCAGAUUUGCCAAUAAUGUCACAAAUCAGGAGAGCAUUUCUUUCCAUCAUGCUGCUCCUGAUGGUUCUGCCAUUAUCACCCAGGAUUCCAAACCUUCACCACAAUGUUUUGCUGUCAAUCUUUCAAAUGGCUUAAAAAAUCACUAUACUGUUGAGGCACACCAAGCAGCAGGAGGCAUCUGCCACGGUAUGCAUGCAGGAAGUUUUGAUUGUCCUUCCUUGCAACAGCACAAGCCAGAUGGUAAUGGCAACAUACAAGGUCAACACAAGAGGUCAACUAAUAAGCUCAGUUCUUUUUCUUGUAAUGUUGAGAGAGUUGUUUCUUCUCCACCACUUCAACAUCAGAAUGCUGCUUCUGCUUCUCAUCGCAUACAAGAGGUGAUCAUCAUUGAUGACUCUCCUGAAAGUGAAGAACCUGAUUCAAGGAAGAAAGCUGAAAUUUACAGUGAGAUAUUGAAAAGGAACCAGCAAUCUCCAGUGCAUAUUUUGACUUCAACUGCUCCAAAUUCCACUUUGAGGCAGAUGAAUCCAUUUCCUUGUUAUCAAACACUUCUCCCUUUUUCCCCAAGGGWGCCACCAGUUGGUCUCCGGCCCAAUUUUCUUUUGACAUGCACUGGAGGAGCAAUUGCAAGUCCUGUGAAGUGGGGACUUACUUCUGAAGGUUCUGUUUUGCAUGAAGCAUCCGCAGUUGCCAAGCCUAGUUUUCUGGUGUCAUGCCAAAGGAAUGCAAGUGCGGGUCCUCUCAAGUGGGGAGGUAAUUCUGAAGGUCCCAGUGCGGUAAUGCGCAGUCCUUUCAUGGUUCCAUCAUCAUCAUCUACAAAUAAUCUGAACCCAGCAAUGUAUUACUCUUCAAGCUUGUUGUAGUCGAAGAGUCUUCAAACCAAAAGGAAAAAGGGCAUCUAAAUUGUGAGAGCCAUUUUGCAUUUCUCUGAGCAUAAUUAGGGAUCAGCAAAUUUGUGUUGAGAGCUUAAGAUCUUCUGAUACCAGUGGUAGAUUAAAAUUCACAAGAAGCUGUUCUUCUGGAGAAGGAAAUCAUAUACUUUGACCAAGGAAUGGAGCAAGUAAUGCAGCAGAUAUGAGUUAUUGAAUAGUUUUUUAUAUUUAUUUCAAUGCACUGAUAGUUGGGUAAGAUCCAAGUUUUUGAGACUGUUGGCUUGCAAAAUUGCAGUCUUAAGCUUGCCCAAGAGUAGAUUUAUGCAUAUCUUGAAUAAUUGAUCAAUGUGAAAGUUCCUUUGUCAACUACCAUGAAUAUAACCGGUCAUAAAUGGCAAUCUUAUCA